AUGACGCUCAGACUACUGGCUCUCGGUGUACUGUUGGUGCUGCUCGUUGGCGAGUUCGGAAGGACGGGGCCCCUCGUGAGGUUACCCACUGGAGACGAGUCUCCAAAUAGCAGUAACCCGAAAGGCAGACAGCGAGCCCUGAGUGACUUGGACGUUCGGAGCAGCUUGGAAGCAGUGCUCACCGCCAACAGUACACGCAGUCGAUCGAGUGGACGACUUGUCGGAGCCGACCCCCUGGAACGACUCGCAUCGCGGCGUGUGGAGUCCUGGCCCCCGCUCUGGGCACACAGGGUACGCGAGGAGGUGCUGGCGGCUAACCAGAACACCUCUUUGAUCAUGAUUAUUGAGGUUUGUCGACACGGCGCCCGCGUUCCGCUCGGGACAUACCCACGUGACCCGUUGCCAUACCACAAGUGGCCCGAGGGGAUCGGCCAGCUCACCCCGAUCGGUAUCCAUCAGCAGUUUGAACUAGGUAGGAUACUCCGCUAUGUUUAUGACGGUUUCUUGCCGGUGCGCUACAACGUGGUGGACGUGCAUGUGCGCAGUAGUGAUAUCGAUCGGGCCCUGGUUUCGGCUACGAAUCAACUCCUGGGGCUCUUUUAUACCAACACAUCAGAUACAAGGGUGCAGUACCAGCCAGUACCUGUGCACACCAUAGAGACGUCUCAAGAUAUUAUGAUGCUGCCUGGUGUAGGGUGCGCUCGCUGGCAGGAACUCAAGAUGCAAACGCGUCUAUCAGGGGCCUGGAGGGAGCUUGAGGCCGCGAAUCAGCUGUGGCUGGAAUACCUCGGCAGAAAUAUUAUGGGGCUAGGUCGACCAGCCACGCUGGACGAUGUUGCGACUGCCUAUGAUGUAUGGGAAUGCGAUGCAGCGCAGGGUAUCGAGCUGCCUCCCGAGGUGAAUCACUCGGUCCGCGAACGAGUUCGAACCCUCUAUGGAUUCUGCUUUGCGGACCUUUACCGGAGCGCGGAAGCCGCGAAUCUGACGGGUGGUCCCUUGGCACUCCAUAUACUGAACUUGCUGCGGACGAAAAUCGCUGGCCUUCGAACGGAGAAGUUCGUGCUCUUCUCUGGGCACGACACGACAUUGGCAGCCCUGCUGGCAGUGCUCGGUAUGCAUCCUGAACGAGCACCGCCGUUCGGUUCCACGAUUAUCGUGGAGCUUCGUGAGCUUCACAAGCAGCCUCCGAAUGGCAUUCUUAAAGCGGGAAGCGCAGCCAUAAGCACAUCCGAUAUACGUACCGCACCAAAUGCACAACGACAACGAGAGCAACAACUGCCCCAAAUGCAGCAACGCUCCGAUGAUUUCAUGCCUCGGGAGGCGCUGGACAAGUGGUACGUCGUCGUGCGGUAUAAUUGGGAGGUAUUCGAGCUCCCGGGCUGUGAACCGAUAUGUACACUAAGACGAUUCAUGGAGCUUGUCUCAAAACGAUCCUCGUCUGCACGUUCGAGCGAGAUCCGUGCGGAAGCUUGUCGGCCGUCUAAGAACGACUGGCUUACGGUGACGAACACACCCGACUAUAUAGCCAGGGAUACCGCUCGGCGCAAAUGGGGUGUAGUGUUCAUCCUAGGUGUACUCAGCGGCGUGCUAGUUUUUCUCGGAUGCGUGGCAAUUUUUUGGCUUGGAUGGCGUCUAGGUACGCGGCAGAAACCGGAGAGUCUCUACAACCCGGUAACUGUGGAACCUCUGGGCUGGGAAUCCAGCCGAACACGUUCGUCCUCAGAAGCGACGCCGGCAACGCUAUCUCCUGUGGGAGCAUACGAGAUCACGUGA